AAUUACUAUGGACAAAAUAACCAGCUAAAUACGUUUUUUACUCACUCGUGCCUUGCUUAAAUAAAUCAGUGUGCCUAAAUUAAAGAUGAGUUACCCUCACACUGAAGGGGAAGAAAAGGUGCCAAAUGAUGAGCUGGAGUGCAAAAUUUGUUACCAGAGAUUUAACAUUCAUAGUCGUAAACCCAAAAUACUGAACUGUCUUCACAGAGUAUGUGCUAGGUGUUUGACUAAAAUACUUCACAUAGGAGAUGGCUGUCCUUGCAUUAGUUGUCCUUUUUGCCGCCGUGAGACACAGUUGCAUGAAGAUGAAGUUGAAGGACUACCUAAUGAUACAAACGUUAUGUCCAAACUCAUGUUAAAAGACAAAACAAUAUGGAAUUCCGACUAUAAAGAAGUAGUUUUAACACCAAAGAACUUGGCUUUCUCAAGCCCCUCUCAUGGAUCUUCAAAUUGCUUAGUAAUAACAAUUAUGGAAGUACAGAGAGACUCUACUAGGACGCCAAGCCAAAACACUAUCUCAGAUUAUUACGCAGACCAUAGCCUUGACUCAGUAUCUGUCAGUUCUCACAGUCAGCUAGACCAAGAUCUCUUCUCUAAGCUUUGUAAUCAUGUACCCAGAAUACUGGUAUGGCUGUUAGGAUUUUUCUACUUUGGCUCACUGCCUCUUGGAAUCUAUUUAUUAGUGAUUCAGAAAGUGACCCUAGGAAUUGUGUGCGUCAGUCUUGUUCCCUCAAGUCUAACUGUAUGUCUUGUGUAUGGUUUCUGUCAAUGCCUCUGGCAGGGAAUGUGUGACUGCUCUUCAAGAAGCUGAGGAAUUGCGUUAUCAAACUGUACAUUUUAAUUAAACUUUGAAUGAUAACUACAGACUUCCAAUAUUAUGGACUAUUAAGGUGAUUGC